AUGGUUCGACAACACAGCUCAAUCCGCUUUGCACAUGACGAUGAGGUUUUCAUGAUUCCCAUUCGGAAUGAAUAUUCGGAACAGGAAAUCCGAGAUUGCUGGUUUUCAACUAGCAAAGAACAAAAGAUAUUGCACCAACACUUCAACGAAAUCCAAAAGAUGGAACAAGGAACAGGAAAGCAAAGCUCGCACCGAGGCUUGAAGUUUUAUACUGAUAUGGGUGCCAAUUCGGCGGAACGGCGACGCCUUUACUGCAUUGGUCUUGUAAUGGACGAACAUGAUAUCAAUGAUUCCAAGAAGCUUCGAAACCUGUCAAAGAAAGCAGCCAAAGACCCAGAAGGCUAG